CAAACUAUCAGACAUCGGACCUGAUCGACAAUGAAGCUCUUCAUCGCAACGAUCGCUGUGCUAAUCUGCGCCUGGUGCGCCUUGGCUGACGAAACGCCGAGUACGGAGAAGGCUGUGGCGGCUGCGGAAGUUCCCAAGGAAGGCGAAGGCACAGAGGAAAUCGACGCAAAGAGAGGUUUCGGAAAUAACCGUGGAGGUUAUGGCGGCGGUUACGGCGGAAACCGAGGCUACGGAGGAGGAUACGGUGGAGGUUAUGGAGGAAACCGAGGCUACGGUGGUGGAUACGGUGGAGGUUACGGAGGCAACCGAGGCUACGGCGGUGGAUACGGAGGCAACCGAGGCUACGGAGGUGGAGGCUUCGGAUACUAAGUGAUACGUUCCCAUACCGACAGGAAACUGCUGCUCACGUAAACGAUGUAAAUAUAUCAUUACGCCAUUGUAAAAUAAAUUAUUGUUACUCCCACUCGAAA